GAAAUGAAGGAGAAGAAGGAGAAAGUAGAGGAGAAAGCAGUCCACAAAGAAAAGAAGAAGGAGAUAGUAGAGGAUGAGGAAAAUGGAGCUGAAGAGGAUGAGGAAGAGAAUCCUGAGGAUGUGGAUGAAGAAGAAGGUGGUGACGAGGAUGACGAAGGAGAUGAGAAUGGGCAAGAGCAGGAUGGACAUGCAGAAAAACGAUCUGCAGAGGAGGAGGAGGAUGAAGUGGAUCCAAAGAGACAGAAGACAGAAAAUGGGUCUUCUGCUUGAGGCCUCCCCUCCCAUUUCCUCUGUUCCGUCCAUCUCUCCUCCUCCAUUCCAGCCUGUGCUUGCACUGUCCAUUAGCCUCUGGCUUCACACAAUCUCAGAUGAGGAAAGGUUAGAAAAGCUCUCAAACAGGGAAUACAGCAGUUUCCUUCCCACCUGAAGAUCCAGCCCAUCUAUGACAUUCCCCACCUGAAAUUAUUCCACCUCCCCGCAUCCUUCCGGCUGUGCCCACAUACAAACGAACCUCUUCCCUCAAGAAUCUCAGCAUUUUCCAUCGUGGCCCAAUGCGUAACCUUGCCAGGCCUAUAUGACUGGCUGUUCACGUGGCAAGCACCUCUCAUUCCUUUUCACUUGCCCUCCCUCUUCGCUAGUGUGACUGAGAUUCUUGACAGCUUCUGCUCCCAGAACCUGCUGUCAGUCAGAUAUUCUCCCUGAGUCCUGGAGGCUGCGGGCACAGAUCUCAUGGUGCGUUUCCCAGUCCUAGGCCUCCUCUCAUCUGCUUUCCCAUUGAACCCUGAGAGACAAGUAAAAAAAAUAUUACAAGCAAAUAAUGGUCUGUUAAACCAUAUGCAGAGAUGGGAUUUAUCUUAAGCUUUUUUUUUUCAAGUUUACAUGACAGACAGCAAGCUGGCCCUCGUGAAUUUUUCAGAAGAUAAGGGUUGUUUUUAUAUACGAAUUUCAUCUGAACUGCAUAUUUUUUUAAUUUGGAGGCUUUUUUAAAACAAAUCAAGAGAGAAAUAAAUUGGGGACCAAACUUUGAUUUCCAUUUUUCUGUUUAGAUUCUCUUGUGACCAUUUUUUGUAAAUUAAAGGCAAUAUAGCCACAGCAUUUUCUAUGGCACAGACAUCACGAGGAUUAUAGAUAUAAAUAUAUAUAUUGUUUUCAACUAGCACUGUAAAUAAAAGCGUUUAAAAAGAUUUCA